UUUGGUGUCCAGUCCAUGAGUUGUGGUUUUUUGGCAAGUAGAUGACCUUUUGUCGGACCGAAGGCUACUUUGCAUGUGCCGUUGUCCAUUCCGGACUUGGUGCCAUUGCUGUUGUCAUUGAAGCCAAGGUGCCAAUAACCUGUGACUUUGGCCUUUCUAGAUCUCUUGAAAGCACUUUAGGCGGCGUUACUUUCGUUAUGUGAUCCAAUGCAGCAUGGGCCGAGAGAUAUUUGAAAGUUGUUUAGUUGAUUUUUCCGGAUGGUUGUUGGCGCUCUGCGAGAGCGUGUUGGAACCGGAUCUGAAAUUCAGUGUUCUCCAGAAGCGUAAA